GCAUUAUGGUAGCCACCCGUCUGGAGAGGCUACUCAUUUUCCACACUCGGUACUCGCCCCAUUUGCAUCGAAAAAAUCGCCUAAUACUUAGGAAGUAUACCAUCUGGUCGUACGAAUUGGAUAAUUUCAUGUUCUGUGGUAUCGCAGCUUGGUGCUCCUACUGUGAAUUAACGGGAAAAGGGAUCAAUUUUGCCAUAAUUCUCGACUGAAACUGGGAGAGGUGUGGACUAUCGGGACGUUUCGGCUGCAUUCGGAAAACCUGGCUAGACUUCGGCCUUGCAGAUAUUAUUAGCCAGACUGGUGCAAAUAUACAUGGCAUGUAUGCACAUACAAACGUGGGUAUAGCAGAAUGCACCCCUUGUAGCGAGCUUUCUACAUAGCUAGCUAUCCGUGCAUGUAUAGUGUGUGCGCAUGCAGCAAUGUGUGCAUGCAGUAGUAUCAUCGGUCCAGAAAUCAUGGCAGGCGCUUAGGUGAAGCCACAUGAGAGGUUGUAACGAGCGGAGGUUUCGCCGUUUUAACCCGGGGAAGGUGCCUAGCCCGGCGAUUUCUGCAUACAUUUGUUACAUGAGUAUGGACCGCCAAACCGAGUCUUUUGUAUGCCUAGGUUUGAUAGUUAUCCUGCUACAAAAUACUGGUAGAUCACAAGCUGAGUGCUCCAAGAGAUUCACCGACCUGUCUGGCCAAAUCAUUGACACACUUCACAAAGACAACCGAGGCAACAACAACCGAGGUACCUCCCACACGUCCACCUGUCGCUACCGGGUCUGCGCCCCUCCGGACCACUACAUAGUGCUGAACAUAACCCGGCUGGAAGGGACGCCCCUUCCCGCCGCCGGCCGCUCCUGCCUACCAAGGGCGGUGAUAAAGAGCGGCGGCCCCCUGGGUAAGGCCGCUACCCCGCUGGCCACGCUCUGCCAAGGGGAGCAGCCCCUACCUCUGGUGGUGCAGUCACAGGGUAACGAGCUCCGCAUCGUCUUCAGGAGCCAGGGCUGGCAGACGAGCACUUUCCAGGCUUCCUUCACCUUCCAUAAGAGAACAGGUCCAUCUUCUUGUAUAGCAUGCCCUUUGGUGCAAAAGCUCAGCGAGUCAAUGAAUGCUUCUUUCACGUUGCAACCUCAGAACGAGUCACAGAACAGUCAUUUGGAGGUGCCAGAUGUCCACCCACCCAUCUCCUCCACCUCUGUACCACUUGACAUCUUUACACCACCGAUGUCCUUGCCCUACCUAGCACCAUCGAUCUUCUACACCCUCUACCACCUCAUGCCUCCGCCCUUCCAGUCUCCUAUGUCUUGCUAUGACGGUCCACCCUGA